AUGCGCUCCAACCUCUUGCCCUUUCCUGUUUCUUCUUCUGUCGCGUUUCCUUUUGACCUGCAAUCCGGAAGAGACGACUACGUCAAAUUUUUGAUUGUUUGGCUCAAGGUUAUUCUUGAAAUCGUUCUCAUGGCAGAAUUUGAGAAAGUUGAUAGGACGGCUUCCCAGGAGAUAGAAGAUGUUAAGGCGCACCAUCUGUCCUCUCUGAAGCUUGAUUCUCGUGGCAUACCCCUUGUCCCCCAGCCAAGUGACCACAAGGACGAUCCCUUGCUUUCGUCGUCCAGUUCGAUCUUCCUUACAGUCGGCGCAGGAAUGGUACCCCCAACGUUUGGUACGUUGGCAAAGAAAUUCGAUGUAACGAGCCAGCAGGCCAGCUACCUUACAACGGUGUAUAUUCUUUUCACCGGCAUCAUUCCCCUUUUUGUCACUCCUUUUGUGAAUUGCUUCGGUCGAAGAUCAGUCUACCUGCUCUUUACACUUAUUGUUGUCAUCAGUAACAUAGGCUCUGCGAAAGCGACAACCUAUGCUGGAAUGAUUGUGUCUCGUUGCUUCGUUGGCGUCGGCUCAAGUGUCACUCUCGCCUUCGGAGGUGCCACAAUCUGUGAUAUGUUCUUUCAGGGUGAGCGUGGAAAGUUCAUUGGAAUUUAUGCCCUGGCGUUGACAAACGGGCCACACUUUGGUCCCAUUGUCGGCGGUUAUAUUGCAUUGAAUUUGGGAUACCAAUGGAUUUUCUAUAUCAAUGCGAUUAUAAUAGGUGCUAUCCUCCUCCUAUUCGUCGUGUCCUUUCCUGAGACGUUGUUUUCUCGCACCGAAUUCAGCAACCUCGAGAACCGCUCGUACUGGCAACGCUUUACCUUCAGCGGCAAGGUUCUUGACCAACCUGUCCGACUCUUCGAUUUCCUGAACACUUUCAGAAUGCUUAAAUACUGGGCAAUUAUUAUUCCCUGCGUCUAUUACAUGACAGCGAAUACCUACGGCUCCCUGGUUUUCGUCCUGACCGCAUCCGAUAUCACUGAAGAAUUAUACCACUUCAAUACCGGUCAGACUGGCCUCCUUAUAGGUGUUCCUCUCUCUAUAGGCUGUCUGAUCGGCGAGUCAUGUACAGGAUGGUUUUCUGAUUGGUUAGCUGCUCGUAUCGCCAAGCGUCACGACGGCUAUUACAAAGCGGAAGUCCGUCUCUGGCUGGCGCCCCUCGCUCUCUUCCUUCCAAUAGGCCUGAUUAUACAUGGUGUCUGUGUCCAGGCCAAACAGCCGUGGAUCUCGCUGGCAGCUGGAGAGAUGAUUGCAUCUAUUGGCGUACAGGCUGCUACCACACUAACAUACUCGUAUUGCAUUGACUGCUAUAAACCGCAGGCUGCCGAAGUUUCUACGAUAAUUAACCUAUUCCGCUUCGUAUACGCAUUCACGAUCGGAUUCUACGCCCUACCGUUUGCCGAAAGAGUCGGGUUUGGAAGUGCUUGGGGGACUCUAGCCGCCAUCAACUUUGCAGCUUGGCUGCUCCUGUUGAUUUUGAUUUUCAAGGGAGAAUCCAUUCGAAGUCGCCAGGGUGAGCCCACCUUGCACAGGGAUUUGUGA